UACCCAUGCCUCUCAGAGUUCACUUCGCCGAUUUGUUAUUGUUGUUUCGAAGCCAAACCACAUGGCUGUCGCAGCUGAUUUGUAACCGUGUAAUAACUUGUUCAUUACAGUGUUUUUUCGAUUAAUUUCGCUACAAAUAGUUGUAAAAUGCACGACAAUACACCACCACGAUCGCCGAUGGACGGCAAUCUGUUGGAGAACGAGGAAGAUGAGCUGAUCUACGUCGGUGAUGCAGAUGAAGUGCUGGAUGCUUGGGAGGCAGAAGCAAACCUUGGCGAAGACGAUGAAGAAGAAGCAGCCGGAGAGGACGAUACGGGAUCGGUACGCUUCCGCAUGUGCGACCGGGAUGAUGCGACGCUCACCUUUACCAAACACACUGCCACCGUGUUCUGUGGUGCGCUUCAUCCGACGGAAGAUCUGGCCGUAACGGGGGGCGAGGACGACAAAGCGUACGUCUGGAACAUACGCACCGGCGAGGUGCAGCACGAGGUGACGAACCAUACCGAUUCGGUGGUGGCCGUUGGAUUCAGCCACGACGGUGUGUAUGUCGCCACGGCAGACAUAUCCGGCUACAUACAGGUGUUCAAAGUGACGCAAAACUAUCGCAAGGUGUGGGAGUUUAAUGUGGGCGAUCUGUGCUGGAUGCGAUGGCACAGCGGUGCGUACGUACUACUGGCGGGAUGUGAUUCGGGUGAGGUGUACAUCUGGCGCAUCCCGUCCGGUGACUGUAAGGUAUUGCCCGGGCAGGAUUGUAAAACGGAAGCGGCAGAAUUGACACACGACGGUAAAAAGCUAGCCGUUGGGUACGGUAGUGGACACUUUAAGCUGUGGGACCUGAAAUCGGGCACACCGGUAAUGGAGGUGGAUUCGACCGUGGGACACAAAACGAACAUAACGACGCUGUCGAUCGAUCAGGACAAUCAACUGUUUGUGACCGGUGCGGAGGAUGGCAGUUCGUACGUGAUGGGACCGAACGGUGUGCUGGGUAUGCUGAUAGGACCGAGCGACGCAUUGCUGGAGUCCGUGCUGGUAGAUUAUCCUGGAUUUGAGAUAAAGGUGGCCGCGACCGGUACGUUGCAGGGGAAGGUAACGAUCUGGGAUGUGGCACGGCUGACGAAGCGGGUCGAGUGUGUGGAUGAAGAACCAACUGGCAUUACAAAAAUGCUUUGGUUGAAAGACUUCACGAUCUGCGCUGGGACGCUCGGUGGUUACAUCAAGGGCUGGGACUUCCGGAGUGGUGCGAAACGAUUCACGCUCGAUGGCCAUACGAACGAUAUCCAGGAUAUUGUGUACGACAGCCAGCGAAACAUCAUCCUUUCCACGUCCGAAGAUCGUACGGCGAAGAUAUUCGAAGUGCCUGCAAGUCAAUAGAUGACCGAAUGUUAAGCAUG